UUUAUUAUAAAGCUACGACAAAAAAGUUGCAAUUUUGUCCAUUUUUUGACAGAACGAAAACAUUAUAUUUUUUUUGUAUUUUUAUUUUAAGCAAAAUUAAAAAUUAAAAUUUUAAAAUUUGAAAAUUUUCAUAAAUAUUGGAUUAAUUGAGUUAGGAUUGGGUCAAUAUAAAAAAAAAAUUUUUAAAAAAACUCAUUUUGGCUCACAAGUACAAAAAUCAAAAAAUUCAAAAUGAGUACUACACUGAAUGAGUCAAUAAAACAAUUAAUGGAAAUAACAGGGCUAGAUGAAUUGAGAGCAAAUACUAUCCUUGAAUUGAAUAAUUUCAAUUUGGAACAGGCAAUUAAUUAUCAUUUGGAAAAUGCAGAUUAUAUGGAUUGUAUAUUAAAUGAUUCUGAUUAUAAUAAUAUACAAACAAAUAAUGAAUCUCGUAUAAUAAAUAAUAAAAAUGAAAUAAAUAAAAAAAAUAAGAAUACAGAUAUUGCGUUAGAUAAUAGUAAUGAUACAAGUUAUGUUAGUGAAAAUGCUUCAUUACCAGAUAUUAUAGAAAAUCCAAAUGGUAUAUUUUCAUCUAAUACAAUAUCUGGCAGUAAUUUAAUUUUAGAUGAUAAUAUACGUGCACCGAUUCCAUCAAAACGUGAACAAUUAUUAUUACCAGAAGAAGAUCAAUUUCGUUUACAUUAUGGUAGUGUUAAUUCAAGGAAACGACGACCAAGUAGUUUGUUUACAUUUUGCCCAUUUAGAGAUUUCGCAAGAGAAGCACAAAUUCAAGAACAAUUAUCAGAAGAAUUUAAUAGUCUAGCAUCAUAUGAUACUAUUGAUUCAUUAGCAACAACAUCAUCAAUUAAUAAUCAUAAUACUGCUGGAUUGUUAAAUAUAAAUUUAAAUGAUAAUGGUGAAAUAAUUAAUAAAAAGACAUCACGCCAUAAAAAAAGAUCAUAUAUUAGUAAUAGCAAUAAUGAUUUUGAUAUUAAAGAUAAUACUGAUAAAACAUUAAUAAGAGGUACUAAACGCAAAAGAUUAGAAGAUUUAUUUCGUCCGCCAAUUGAUUUAUUAUAUUGGGGCACAUUUCAAGCUGCACGGGAUCAUGCUGUAAAUCUUAAUAGAUGGCUUAUUGUUAAUUUACAAGAUCAAAGAGAAUUUAAAUCACAAGUUCUUAAUCGAGAUGUUUGGUCCGAUAAAGAUAUUAAAGAUAUAAUUUUAUCAAAUUUUGUUUUAUGGCAGAUAUCAAUGGAAAAUCCGGAAGGAUUACGUUUUAAAACUUUUUAUCAUGUUUCGGAUUGCCCAUACAUUUGUAUAAUUGAUCCAAGGACAGGCGAAGAAAGACUUACUUGUGAUACAACAAGACCAAAAAUUCUUUAUGAUGACCUCAUGAAAUUUCUUACAGAAAAUGAUUUUUGUUUAGACUUGAGUUUAAAAAUUGUAAGACCUGUUACUUCCCGAACUGCUUCAUCUACAGCAACAAGUAACAGUAUUUCAACAACAAUUCCAUCACCUACAACGAUAAAUUCCAAUAAAAGUAAUAGUAAUAAUAAUAAUAAUGUAAUUGAUAUUGGUUGCUAUAAUAAAAACUUUAAAUCAAAAGCAUAUAAAACAUUAGAUUUAUCCGAAGAAGAUCAAUUAGAAUUAGCAAUUAAAAAUUCACUAACAGAAACACAGUGCUCCACAUUAAAUGAUUUAAAUACGGACUGCAAUGAUAAAUUUUUAAAUAAAUUAAACCAAACUAAAAGCAAUAACUCUGCCUCUUUAAAUAAUAUAAAUGAAAGCAAUGAUUUUAUUCAUUCUCAUAACAAUGGACCUCCAAAUAUAAAUAAUUCAAAUUAUACAUCAAAUUUAAAUGAGCAAAUAAAUGAAAAGUCUACUAUAGUUUCAUAUAAAGAUUUGAUUGGAAAUAACAAAGAUUCAAUUACAAAAAUUCAGAUUAGAUUACCAAAUGGUACAAGAAAAGAUAUUGAAUGGCCAUCUUCAAGUGUAGUAAAAUGCUUAAAAUUAUACGUUUGUGAGAAAUAUCCAGAUAUUACAAAUAAUACAUACAAAUUAAUACAAUCGUAUCCGCGAAAAAAUAUUCUUGAAUUAGAAGACAAUGUUACAUUGGUUGAAGCAAAGUUACAUCCAACGUCUAUUUUAUAUUUGCAUCCAGAUGAAUAAGUUUUCUUUUUUUGACUAUAUAUACAUAAGCAUAAAUUUUUUUUAUUUGGUAUCUCCCAAAUCAAUAUUUUGAGAUGAUUUAUGAUAAAAGUGUCUGUAUAUUUAGAAAGUUAUUAAUUUUUCCUCCUUUUUUUAUUUAUUUCACUUUAAUUAAGAUUCUGUAAUCAAGUAUAACAAAUGAAUUUUUGUGUUAACACAAAUAAAAUGAUCAUGUAUGUAUUUAAUUUUGUAAAUGGCUUGAACAUUCAAAAUAAAAAAAUAAAAUUUUUGUAAUCACUUUUUAAAACCAAACAAAAAACGAAA